AUGGGAGGCCAUUCUGACCUAGUGGAAUUCUUUAUUGAGAGAAAUUCUUGUCAAAGUGGAGAGUUAGCAUUAGUUCAAAAGCUUGAAUCAUUGAACCUCUUCUCACCAGAUGACAUGACAAAGUCAGGUGCUGGUAUACUACAUUUUACUUGUCGUUCUGUGAAUAAUAAAAGUGUUGAGCUUUUUAAAUAUCUUUUACAUCGAUAUCUAUAUUCCAUUGAUGUAAAGGACUCUAAAUACGGUAGGACUCCACUUCAUUUUGCUUCAUGGUUUGCUUUAUCAUCAGUUGUUGAGUAUAUUGUUAGUAUUCAAGCUAUACAUAUUCCAGCUGGCAUUGUGUAUAGUAAGCUUAUAGCACAAAGUGAUUCAUCAUUUAUUGAUAUUAUUAAUAGAACUAGAAUUAAAACAAAAGUUGAUUUUAGCAAACGAAAUGAAAGAGUUAAAAUGUUUUCUUCAAUUAUCAAGAAAGCUAGCACUUGCCCUAACUUUGACAUCAAUGCCACUACAAAUGAUCUACAUUAUGUUGCCUGGUCAGGUUCUACGAGUGUAUUAAGUUAUAUCAUAUCUCAGUAUAAUCUCAAUGCUAAUGAUACUGAUACUUAUGGGCGUACACCUCUAGUCUACUCCAGCUGUGAUCCUAAUAUUACUGAUAAGUAUGGUAUGACAUGUCUUCAUCAUUCUUGUCGUCAUGGUCACAUUGAUAUCACUCAAUAUCUCAUUGAG